UUUGGGGUACUCCGGACCGUCUUUAGGUUGCUCAGGGACAGGCGGAACCUUUCUCCUUCGCCCCGCCCGGGCUUCCGCCCGAGUCCCGACAACGGCGGACUCGGUGGACGGGGACGGCAACAUGGAGGCGGCGCGCGGCGGGGCUGCGGACCGGACGGCUCGGGCGGAGGCCCCGGGCCCCGCGGACGACCGGCUGUUCCUGGUGAAAGGUGGAAUUUUCCUGGGCACGGUUGCUGCAGUAGGAAUGUUAGCCGGAUUUGUUACAACGUUAUCGUUGGCGAAAAAGAGAAGCCCCGAAUGGUUCAAUAAGGGAAGUGUGUCCACGGCGGCCUUACCGGAGAGCGGCUCUUCGCUGGCCCUGCGAGCUCUGGGCUGGGGCUCCCUCUACGCGUGGUGUGGGGUUGGUGUGAUCAGCUUUGCCGUGUGCAAAGCACUGGGAGUCCACAGUUUGAAAGACUUUCGAAGUAAAAUGCAAUCAGUGUUUCCAGCGAUUCCCAAGCACUCUGGACCGGCUGCCGAGUGGGAGGAAGUGUGGAAGUCCAAGUGAGAUGGGCACAGCCGGAGCAGUGUGAGGGACCGUGCAGCCACCAGGCCAGGCGGGGCGCGACCGAGCCCUCCUCGGAGUCACACAGGCAUCCUUGUCACCUGCAGUGUCCGUGUCGGGGAGGGUCCGAUGUCCCAGAGCUGAGACUGGUCAGGGGGAAUCGUUGCAGAGUCCCCUCCCCGUGGGAGGAAUGCUGGUGGCUGUGAGGUGAGCCCAGUGUCGUCCCUGGCACAUCUGCCAUGUGUGCCCUGAAAGCCUUGCCCACGCAGCCCUUCCUGCAGUGUUCCUCACGGGUGCGACUCCUUCCCAGAGCGUUUCUUGACAGGAUGUGACUGCGGAGUGCAGGAGGCUCGUCCCUGCCAGCCAGCCCCGAGUGACGGGGCAUGAGCAGAUUCGGUCAACGAGGAACUGGGCACUGCAGCUGGGCACACGUGCCAGUGUUUGCCUGGUGGCCGCGCUCGAAGGUGCCUGCUCGUGCUUAGGACAAAGAGAGCAGCUGGUGGUAGCCUGAAAAGCUCCACGUGGGCUGACGUAAUACUGAUGAUCCCGUGGGUUUGAGGGGUGCUUUUUUGAAAAGCUAUUCUGGGUCCCUGAAAAGGGAUAAUGUAUAUUUUAUUGUCAAAAUAAAAAAACACUCAGUUGUGACUUA